UGGUCAUAACCACGAAAACCAAUGCGAACACGCUGUGUUAUUAGUUGUCGUGGCUAUUUUCUAUUUUCCAAUUUCAAGAAUUCACGACGCUUUACGGUAUUUAUUCAUUUGGUUAGGCGUUAAACGCAUAGAUUCUAUAUAGAAUAAAAUUCACAAAAACGUGAUUAAAAUGGCUGCUGUCGAGCGAAAGGGUACAUUUAAAGUUGAAUUUUUGCAAAAGAUUGAACGUGAUGUUCAAGCGAAAUGGGAAAAGGAACGUGUUUAUGAGUUUGAUGCACCAGCCGAACCACGUAAAAGCAAUGACGAGAAAUUCUUGGCUACAUUUCCUUAUCCAUACAUGAACGGUCGUCUGCAUUUGGGUCACACCUUUUCAUUUUCAAAAGCUGAAUUUGCUGUCCGGUAUCACCGUUUGAGAGGCAAAAAAUGCCUCAUUCCAUUUGGAUUCCAUUGUACUGGUAUGCCAAUUAAAGCAUGUGCUGAUAAAUUACAACGUGAAUUAGAAACAUUUGGCUAUCCACCACAAUUUCCAACGGAAGAGGAAUCAACAGUGAUUGAAGAAGAAAAGGAUGUUAUUCCAAAAGAUAAGAGCAAAGGCAAGAAGAGCAAAGCCGUUGCAAAAGCCGGUGCAGCCAAAUAUCAAUGGCAAAUUAUGCAAAGCUUAGGUCUGGCUGAUGAAGAAAUUAAGCAAUUCGCCGAUCCAGCUCAUUGGCUGGAAUAUUUCCCGCCAUUGGCCAUUCAAGAUUUGAAGCAGUUUGGUACUCAUAUUGAUUGGCGCCGAACAUUCAUCACAACUGACGCAAAUCCUUUCUAUGACUCCUUCAUAAGAUGGCAAUUCAAUCAUUUGAAGGCAAGAAAUAAGAUUGCCUACGGCAAACGGUACACAAUCUAUUCACCGAAAGAUGGCCAACCGUGUAUGGAUCACGAUCGUUCUUCUGGCGAAGGUGUUGGACCACAAGAAUACACUUUGAUUAAAAUGAAAGUAGUCGCAAACAUGCCGCAAAAAUUACAAUCGAUUAAAAAGCCAAUUUACUUGGUGGCGGCAACAUUAAGACCGGAAACUAUGUACGGUCAAACGAACUGUUGGUUACAUCCCGAUAUCAAAUAUAUUGCAUUCGAAGUGAAAAAACACAACGAAAUAUGGGUUUGUACUCGACGCGCUGCCCGCAAUAUGGCAUAUCAAGAUUUCACCGGUGUCGAUGGUAAAAUCAAUGAACUCGCUGAAGUCACUGGAUCGGAUUUAUUCGGCAUCGGUUUGAGUUCACCAUUAACAACGCACAAAGUAAUCUAUGCACUUCCAAUGUUAUCAGUGAAAGAAGAUAAAGGUACUGGUGUCGUUACAUCCGUGCCCAGUGACUCUCCCGAUGAUUAUGCAGCAUUGAUCGAUUUGCAAAAGAAAGCUGCAUUCCGUGAAAAAUACGGCAUUAAAGAUGAAAUGGUAUUGCCAUUCGAACCGAUCCCAAUCAUUGAAGUGCCAACACUGGGCAAUCUAUCAGCAGUCACCGCAUACAAUCAAUUUAAAAUUCAAAGUCAAAACGAUCGUGACAAAUUGCAAACAGCCAAAGAGUUGGUUUACUUGAAGGGAUUUUAUGAUGGUGUACUGUUGGUUGGCGAAUUCAAAGGCAAAAAGGUGCAAGAUGUUAAAAAAGAUUUAAAAACAUAUUUGGUCGAUCGCAAAGAGGCUGAUGUUUACUAUGAACCGGAGAAAACCAUUAUGUCACGGUCAAAUGAUAUGUGUGUCGUUGCACUUUGUAAUCAAUGGUAUUUGACGUACGGCGAAGAAAAAUGGCAAGCACAAACUGGUGCUGCAUAUAAGAAUAUGGAAUUUUAUCACGAUGAAGUGAAAAAGAAUUUUGACGUUUGUCUUGAUUGGUUGCACGAGUACGCAUGUUCUCGUACCUAUGGUUUGGGUACGAAACUGCCAUGGGAUGAAAAAUGGUUGAUUGAAUCACUAUCAGACUCAACAAUUUACAUGGCAUUCUAUACCGUAUCUCAUUUAUUACUUGGCGGCAGUUUCAAGGGUGAAAAACCAAGCCCAUUGGGAAUUAAAGCGGAACAAAUGACGGCAGAAGUUUGGGAUUAUAUUUUCUUUAAUGAUGCCAAAUUACCGACCAAAACUGCCAUUAAACGUGAACAUUUGGAUUUGAUGCGACGUGAAUUUAGAUAUUGGUAUCCAGUUGACUUGAGAGUGUCGGGCAAGGAUUUGAUUCAAAAUCAUUUGACGUUUUUCGUUUACAAUCACACCGCCAUUUGGCCAAAUGAACCAGAAUUGUGGCCGCGUAGCAUUCGAUGCAACGGUCAUUUGAUGUUGAAUUCAGCCAAAAUGUCCAAAUCCGAUGGAAAUUUCCUAACAUUGUCUGAGGCAAUUCAAAAAUUCAGUGCCGAUGGAACACGACUAUGUUUGGCCGAUGCUGGUGAUAGUAUUGAAGAUGCAAAUUUCGUUGAAGCAACAGCUGAUGCUGGCAUUUUACGGUUGUACACAUUCAUCGGAUGGGUUCAAGAAAUGAUUGAAUCGAAAAUGCUUCUACGUAAAGGACCAAUAAAGGAUACAUUCAAUGACAAGGUCUUCAUCAGCGAAAUGAACUUGAAGACUAAAGAAACCGCUGAAUAUUAUGAGAAAAUGUUAUUCAAGGAUGGUCUUAGAACGUGUUUCUUUGAAUUGCAAACGGCUCGUGAUAAAUAUCGUGAACUUUGCGGUGCAGCUGGUAUGCACGUUGAUCUUGUCUUUGAGUACAUUGAACGACAGGCAUUGUUGCUUUCACCGAUCUGCCCUCAUGUUGCUGAGCACAUCUGGACAUUGUUGAAGAAAGAAGGCAGUGUUUUAAAUGCGAAAUGGCCAACCGUUGGUGAAAUCGUUGAAUUGGAUAUUAAACGUUCAGAGUAUUUGAUGGAGGCAGCGCAUUCGUUCCGUUUGGCACAAAAGCAUGCAUCUCAAGUUAGAGUUAAGGGUGGCAAAGAGCAAAAAGGAAAUGCACCAAAACCGACAAAUGGCACAAUUUGGAUAGCAAAGACCUUCCCACCAUGGCAAUCAUGCAUUUUGAAUACAUUGAAAGAACUAUUUGAAAAGCACAACGGCUUACCAGAUAAUAAAAUUAUCUCCGUUCAACUUGGAAAGAAAGAUAUUCUCAAGAAAUAUAUGAAGAAAGUAAUGCCAUUCGUGCAGGCAAUUCGUCAACGUGUCGAAGGUGGUGAAGGCAAAAAGGCACUCGCAACAACACUCACCUUCAAUGAAAUUGAAGUUCUGCAAAAUAACUUUGAAUAUUUGAAAAUUACCUUGGACCUUGAGUCGCUGGAAAUCCAUAGUACCGAUGAAGAGAGUGUUCCUGAAAAAGUUCGUGAAGACACAUGUCCAGGACAGCCACACAUUUUAUUCAGCGCAAAACCAGCUGUUCAAGUUGUUUUAGAAAAUCCAAUUCCCCGAUCAGGGUUAUUCACUAUCACCAGCACCAUUUCAAAUGGAGACACCACACAAUCGUUCACCAAUAAAAUUGCAAAAAUUAUCGGAAUUGAUGUGGACGCUCUGCGAGUGUGGCGAUAUGAAGACACUGUACUCGGUCCACGGAAGUUGCCCACUUUCAAUGAACCACUCAAAGGAAAAUUACUCAUGGAAGAUGGUAUUUUCUCGGUUGAUGUUGCGAAAAGUGAAGUCACUUUACAAACCGAAUCAGCGAUACUUAAUGCUGGCACACAAUUCAUCUAUAUCGUUGAAUAAAUUUUAGGUUGAAUAGAUUUGAAAAAUAUUCAUUAAAAUUCUUUGUUAAAUUAAAAAAACCUGUAAAAUCA